UGAACUGUUUGAAUAUUUCUGUAGACGUGUCUGCCAAAAAAAUCGAUUUUGUACUUGAAAAUAGCCAAGUUAAGAGAUUUUGAGGUCUUCUAAAGCACACAGACAGACAGACAGACAGUAUUCACUCUACAACAGGUCACCAUGUACUUUGAUGCCAUCACUGCAGAACACACCCCUUCCAACCCGGAAGUUACUGUAUCACAGUCGGUAGAAGUCAUCGAUGAAUCAUCACAUAUGAGCACUGAUGUCCCAGUUCUGCGUACUGUCAAUCUGACAGACAUUCUUCACCAGACGGCUGCAGAAUCCAUUGUCAUUGCGUCAAUUGAAGAUGAGAGUAGCUCAGCACCUACAACACUUUCUAGCCCUGAUAUUAAUGUUACAUCUUCUCCAAGCAACGCGACAUCUGUGUUUUCAGUGAGUGACAUCAAUAUAGUAGAUGGGGAGAUGCCACUUAUCCUGAUUCAGACAGUGCCGCCAGACAGCUGUGUCGUGAAUGAGGUGGAGACAGAAGACCAUCAAGAGGAUGUUGAAACCAGUAAUGAUUCUCUGGCAGAAAAAACACCACCAAAAAAGAAGAAAAAGAAAAAGCAACAACAGAGUAAAAGCCUGCAGUGUUCUUCUUGUAGUCAAGUCUAUUCAAGUCAAACUGGGUUAAUAAACCACAUGAAAAUACACAGUGGAGAGCACAGGUGUGUGACCUGCAACAGGACUUUCACCAGGACGGAUCGACUUCACCAGCACAUGAAAGCAGUACACAACUCAACUAUAACGCCAACAUGCAAUAACUGUAGGCAACCAUUUGAGAACAAUGCAGAACUGAAGAAACACAACAUGACAAGUUGUCCAGUAAAACGCUUUGAAUGCAGUGAUUGUGACAAGAAAUUCAGACGAAAGGAGCAGCUUAUAGUCCAUGCUCGUAUACAUACUGGUGAGAAGCCCUUUAAAUGCCCAGACUGUGACAAGGCCUUCCGUGGACAUGUCAUGCUUAAACAACACCAAGCUAUCCAUUCAGGAGUCAGACGGCACCAGUGUAAACACUGUGGGGAAGUAUUUCUAUGGCUUUCCGCUCUUUCGAAGCAUGUCAAGACGAAGACUUGCAUCAGGCRUAGUAAUAAAAUAAUUGCUAAACAAAAUAGGAGGGUAGAAAAUGAACAGAAUGAUAGUGAACAAAAUGGGGAAGAAAGUACAGAAUAUUCUGGAGAUAUAGUUACUGCUGCCAUGGAGUUGUCUAAUAUAGAUGCCACUCCUCAAGCUAACGCUGACGAUAGAGAAGAAGAGUCCCAAUCCAGUGUGGCUCCUGAGUCAUCCAACAGUGCACCUCAAGCCAGUAGUGAUGACAGUACUGAAUUUGUAGCCAUUGAAUCGUCUGCAUUCACUCCUCAAGAUAAAAGUGAUGAAAAUGAUGCUGAGAAUAUCGUACAAUCUGGCGAUGAGGAAGAUGACAUCGACUCUUCUCAGCAACUAGAAAAUGCUACCUUUGCAGCCUUCUCUAAUUCAUCUGAUGUAGUGAGCAGUAUUCAUCAAUGCCCACAUUGCUCUCGCUUAUUUUCCAGCAUCUUCUUUCUGGAGCGACAUAUCUCACUACAUGCUGCUGAAUCAACGUUUGAAUGUGUAGCGUGCGACAAAGUUUUCACUACAAAGCGCCAGCUUGACGGGCACACCAAAUUAAUGCAUGGUUCUACUGGUCCACAAGAAUGUCCACGGUGCGGUAAAGAAUGCGAGAGCAAGAAAGCCUUGUUACUUCACAAAAACAGUGACUGUACAUCCACACCUUUUAAGUGCAGUUCCUGCGACAAAACAUUCAAACGAAAAUCCAAUUUGGUUAUUCACGAGAGAAUACAUACUCAAGAAAACCCAUAUGAGUGUAGAGUGUGCAAAAAAGGUUUCCGAAGCAAGACAUACCUAAAUCGACACAUGGUGAUACACUCCGAAGACAGACCAUAUAUGUGUGAGCAGUGUGAUAAGACAUACAAGAGACCUGAGCAGUUGGCUUCACACCUAAAGACCCAUGACCGAGAACCGGUUGUCUAUAAAUGUGAUGAAUGUGACCGGGAAUUCAAUCGCUAUGGUGCUCUUUUUUUCCAUAUGAAGAGUCAUAGGGCUGCUAAAAACACUCGAGAGAAGCGCCACUCCUGUACGGUUUGCGACAAGAGUUUCUUUAAUAAAUCUCAUUUAAGCAGACACAUGAAUAUGCAUACUGACACUAGGCCAUAUCCAUGCUCUCACUGCGACAAGGCAUUUCGUACCACAAGCGAUAGAAACAACCAUGAAAAAACACACUUGAAGGAAAAACAGUCUUACGAGUGUGAAGAAUGUGGCAAGGAAUUUCAGCGGCUUUGCUCUUAUUCCACCCACAUGAAGUAUCAUUCUGGUUUUAAGCGGAAUGCUUCCCAAGGCACCGAACUGUUCUCUUGUGAUAUUUGUGAUAAAGCUUUCUCCCUGAAAAGAAACCUUACAAAACAUCUUAAGACCCAUACGAGUGAGGCAUUGUCUCCACCUACCUUUUGCAGAGAAGCCUAUGUAAGCUCAGCUCAGCUAUCGGAAGGUUCAGAAUCACAAGAAGGCAAGCAGUUUACCUGUGAGCAAUGUAACAAGGUAUUCUUGAGAGAGUCCAGUUACAAUACCCAUUUAAGGUUCCAUGAAAGUCCAGAACCCCUGGAGUGUGAACACUGCGAUGAAAUGUUCAUCUCUUUAGGGCACCUGGAUAUCCAUAUGAGAAAACACAAUGACCAAGGGUCUCACAAGUGUGAAGAGUGCAGUAAAACCUUCCGUUCAAGUGCACUUCUAUCAAGGCACAAGUUGAUCCACAGACCCAAAACAUUCCGCUGUGCAGUCUGCGACAAGUAUUUUAUAACUUCAUCACAGUUAUCCCGCCACAAGAUCCAACACACGAAGGAGCCCGAGUACUUCAAAUGUGACCAGUGUGAUAAAGUAUUUACUAAAAUGUCCAGCUACAAAGCUCAUAUCAGGUUCCAUGAGAGUUUGGAGCCAUUGCAGUGCGAGUUCUGUGACCAAAUCUUCUUUUCUGUUGGGCGUCUGACAACCCAUUCGAGGAUUCACAAUAGUGAAGGGACACACAAAUGUACUGAAUGUGACAAGACAUUUCUCUUAAGUGAGGCUCUCUCUAGGCAUUUAACCUUGCAUAAAGAAAAGACAUUUGCCUGUGAAAUUUGUGAGAAAACCUUCCUGACUGCCRCAAAAUUAGCCACACAUUCCAAAACGCAUCAAAAUGGCAAGAAUACUUUUACUUGCUCAAUUUGCAACAAGGAUUUCGAUAGACAUUCUAGUUAUAAGACACACCUACGAUUCCAUGAGAGUUCAGAGCCAGUAGAAUGCACUAUAUGUAAUGCUGUUUUCCCAUCUCUUGGCCUUCUAGACGUCCAUCAAAGGACACACAACACAGAUGGCUCUUUCAAAUGUCUCGAGUGUGACAGAACUUUCCGAUUUAAAGAUGGUCUGACAAGGCACGAAUUAAUUCACAAGGAAAAGACCCUCUGUUGUUCGGUGUGCGAUAAAAAGUUUAGAACCACACAGCAAUUGGCGAAACACGAGAAGGUGCAUUCGUUCGAAAAAGAGGAAGUGACUUGUGAGGUAUGUGGGAAGGUGUUUGAUAGAAUGACAAGCUACAAUUCCCACAUGAGGCACCAUGAAGGAACAAAACCUGUAGAAUGCCAAUAUUGCGAUGCAGUUUUCUAUUCAUUUGGUAAAUUGGACAUCCACAUAAGGUCCCACAAUAGUGAGGGGACAUUCAAAUGUGAUGUGUGUGAAAAAACAUUUCUGUCUCAUAAAUGCCUUGCAAGACAUCGCUCAACCCAUAUGGAAAAGAAAUUCCAGUGCUCAAUCUGUGAAAUGAGUUUUAAGUCUAGAGCUAAUCUCAGAAAACACUCCAAGCGUCACACACGGGUUGAUGAACAGCUUGAGUGUGAAGAGUGUGGUAAGGUAUUUAACCAAAUUUCUAGCUACAAGACCCAUUCACRAACACACGAAAGCUCAGAACCUAUCAAGUGCUCCUACUGUGAAGCAUCCUUUGUUUCUUGGAGCCUUCUAGAUGCUCACAUGAGAACCCACAACAGCGAGGGAAGCCACAUAUGCGCUGUAUGUGACAAGCCAUUUAGAUCAAAAGUUCAUCUUGCAAGACAUCAGAAAAUCCACAAACUCAGGCCUUUCCUUUGCCAGAACUGCAAAAUGAAUUUCAAAACCUCAUCCAGCUUGUCGGAGCACCUAUCCCGAAAGCAUUCAGGUGAUGAGGAAAAAGAAAGACAUAGUACUCAAAUAAAAUCUCUCAAAAAGCCAAUCAAAUGUACGCUCUGUGACAAGUUAUUCGUUUCCAUACUGGAGCACAGCCUCCAUGUGAGAAUGCAUAGCAGAGAGAAGCCAUUCAAGUGUACUCACUGCAACAAAGGGUUUGAUAAUGAGGCUGACUGCAACGUGCACACCGCUAGUCACCAAGAAAAGAGUCAAAGUGGCCGACCACUAAGAGGCAUCAGAACACAACACAAUCAAAACAAACCCACGCUCAAGUGUUUAACUUGUAAAAAAGUAUUCCGGUCCAAGUUAAGUUUCAUUAUACACAAAAGAAGUCACAAGACACCUCCUAGUGCAAAGACCACAACGACCAGGACAGGGAGCAAGACACAGUCAGUGCGCACAACCCGGUCGUCCAACAAGUCCAAUAUCAACUCGCCAACCCAGUCACCAAAGAAAACAGAUGCUACUGGCCAAAGGGUGGAAUGUCCUGAAUGCGGAAAAGGGUUUUCAAGUGAAGGACACCUUAAGCAACACUCACAGACACACAAAACAUUCAAAUGCUCUGCAUGUCAUGAUGUGUUUAAGACAGAAAGCCAACUGAAAUUACACAUGAAGACCCACGACGUCCCACAAGCCAGCCUUACCUGCCCAACCUGUAAUAAGGUCUUUAAAACAAAGUCUAGCUUAACUGUCCACUGCAGGUCUCAUUCAAGCGUCAUGCCAUGCCUGUGUUCUACUUGCAACCAGUUCUUUUCAAGUGUAGAGGAGUUGAACGAUCAUCUUCAGAGUCAUGACCAGGUAAACCAGGAUGAACAGCCUUCAGUAAAGUCUACGGAAACGCAGUGUGUUCAUUGCAGCAAGAAAUUUUCCAACUCGACAGCUUUGAACGUUCACCUGUUGUCGCAUCAGGACACAAAGCAAUUUAUGUGCUCUUUAUGCGACAAGGAAUUUAAAAGCCAAUCUCAUUUGAACAGACAUGUAAAACUGCAUGAAUGAUCAACAUUAGAAGGUCUUGGCUAGCUAUUCUUAGGUUUUACUUGUUAUAGUCUUAUGGGAGGGUUGGGGGUUAAAAUCACCAUUUUACUCUGUAUACAAUCAAAAAGAGACACCUUUAAAUAACAUGUAUUUUUCUCGUCACAAUUCACUUUUUCGGCGCUUGCCAUCACGGGGGUAUUAGUUAUUUUAGAUUGUGUUACGGUCACCAAAAAGUUUGGACAUUGGUCUCCGAUUUCUGUACAAAUGUACUGAUUCUAAAUGAACUAUUUACUUGGUUUGUUUAGCUAGUUCUCUAAAUACAAGUAAAUAAUCAUUUU